AUGGGUCCCGACGUAGCCUUCACGAAGCAUCCCAAUGGAUCAGUCUCGUCUUUGGCCCGGGCAGAGAUGCAGGCCGCCCACCAAUUUUUACCUCCCCCCGUCGAACAGGUACAGAGAUACCACACCAAGAACCUACCUCCGCCUCCCCCAGAUAGGAGACUAUCAUCAGUAUCUGUUCUUAGCAGGGAAAUGAAUGUGGCAUUUGCGGGUACCGAAGAUAUGCUUUCACUCGACACUGACCAACGCGGGGUAUUAGAGAAACAGGGGCAGGAGGGUAAUCAACAAGAAAUGCCAGCUCACACCCACGUUUCCAUUCCGACUCGUGCAUCUGACGAUGUCAUCUCGCCUCAGCCAAAAUCGGCGCUUCCUAAGUUAUGGAAGAUGACGGGGCAUGAUGGCUUCCGUACCUCAGCAUCAAGAGAAGGGUCUAUCGACUCAACACACCACAUGACCGCAUACGUGUCUUGUAACAGGUCAAAUACCCAGAUCGCUCCUGAAGAAGUGGAGCUACGCCGACAACUACAUGAAUACGAGCAUGCCUGGACAGAAGGACCAAAGAACUCACUGACAGAGCCAUGGCUGCCCUCUCCAUUGAGCAAUCAGUCGGUGACCUCUCCUCUGCAGAAGGAUGUCAGUCGAGAGCCAGUCACAGCUAUCUCUGAAACAGCUUUGAUGGACAUCAACACCGCGUUGCGAACAUUAGAACCCGAGGAAAGGCGCCCUUCUAAUGCGUCUUCCCUCAACCCUCCAAGGAGUAGACUGGGUUCGACUCCACAUGCAUCUUCUCUUACUUCACACAUUGCUCGACGCAACAAACCUGACUUCCCUCGAGAGAAGAAGGCGGCCCCGGGACCCUCACCGUUGAAGAAGACGCCACGAUCCGCCGUGCAUGAUGAUCAUGCUUGGUAUCGAGGCUACCGCAUACCGGAUUCAGACGAGCAAAGGUCCAGCCACGACAUGUAUCAUGAAGCAGCUGUGGAAAUGGUGUCCAAAACACCCCCUAACUCUCCUGCUCAUGUCUCUUCGACAGCGAGCUCGUCGAAGCACAUACCGCUUGAGCAAAUCAUCAAGGGCAUCCAAUUGACCGAGAUAAACACAGCAGAUGCAGGGAAUGCAAGCAGCGAGCCAAGUAGCUGGUAUAGUAGCAGCCACCACUCGACCAAACCUUUACUAGCUUCUCCCCCUCAGCCGCCUCCUUCUUCAUACCAUUACCAUCAGUCCCCGCGCGAAGGCCAGCAGCUGCAAAACAUACGCCGUCCCUCGGGGAGCAGCGCUUUUAGCGCCCUAAGUGCCACAAGCGCCCCCCAGAGGCACCUCCAGCCUGGCGACCGGUCUGUCAUGGCGAGUACUAGCAUCUUUGGCGGCCCUUCCCAUUUCCAUAUCCACCCUCCCUCCUCUUCCCACUCGCGCAAACCAUCGCGGAGUUCCCCAUCACCCUCUCCAUCUCAAAAGCCUUCCCCGCCCGGCGACAACGGUAAUAGGCUUGGUGACCUUGACGGGGAAGUCCACGCAGACGGGGAUUCAAGUAUGGGCUGUCGAGGCAGACGAACUUGCAGCAUCUCGAGGACGCAGGGCACUCGGUCUAUACCUAUAUCGAGGCCAGGAAGUGACGUUGUCACUCAGACCGUCAGCAUCGAUGCCAAGUCACACGAUGCUUGGUCGAGCCAUUUCACCCCUUCCCCCACGUCCCCGAAGAGGUACAGCUCCAUCCUCAGCAAAGUCUUUAGGCGCUCUACAGGUGUUUAUCCAGUAACACCUCUUCGAUCUCCUUCUAAGCAGAAAGGACCAUACAACCUGAUGCUAGAAUCGGCACAGCAGCGGCGAGCCCUACACCAGAUCCAACAUCAGUUCGGAUCAGACGUGAAGCCCACCACCCCCACAACACCAAAUCAUUUAUCUUUCUCGCGAAUUGUCAGUAAGGCAGGAGCUGUUGCCACGGCUCCAUUCAAAACCCCCGAAGAAAGGAGACGCUCCAAACUCAAAAACAAGAUCAGAGUCUAUGGCGACGAGGGUCAGCUCUUGGGCCAGGAGGAAGGUGCCACACCAUUCAAGCACAAGACUGAGGCUGCCAACAACGAAACUCCAUCCGCAAGGGCGUCAAAACAUUCGAUGCUUGCUGGAUAUGACAGGACAAAAUCAGCCCACGAGUUGAUGGGUGAAGGAACGCUUAUUCCUCCAAACGACAACCCAAUCUGGAUGGGCCCAGGAGUGGCAACUUAUGUUCACGGGACGUCUGUUUCUUCAACUCCAAGAUUAGUCUCAACCCCCAGUGGCACCCCAGGCGUGACGUCUGCCCGGCUCUCGGCGGCAAAUACAGCUACCGCGUCUGGUACUGACUCCAAUUCAGUCUGGUCCCGAGCCCCGACAUUAUCAGCAACAGGGACGCCAACGAGAACAACAUUUGGUAGCAUUGCCUCCCCUCCUCCUCCUCCCGCUACUGUAACAAGGGGCAACACUUCCUCCCCUCCGGCGAGGUAUCGCAAGACCCCAGCAGGAGGAAGCGAUUCUUCUCAGAGUCAUAGCCGCAGUCCGGCUGUCGGGCCUAGGCUAGGUGCUACUGCGACGGAAAGUCGAUAUAGCCCUGCAGCUUCUCUACCGCUACCGCCGGUGCAUAUCCCACCACCGUUUGUGCCCAGGUCUUUUACAGCACAAGUGUCGGUGUUGGAUUACCCGCUCAAGCAAACCAGGGGUACCAGCCCGAGGCCAACGCCUAGUCCUAAACCUUCGAACGCAACACGAUCAGAGAUUGAAAUUCCUGGGUACACCACUUUGCUUGCUGACGGAGCGGCGUAUGGAGGAUCGAGAACGGGGGCGGUGGGGUUGGGUAUUCUUGUUCCUUGGAGGACUAAGAGUGUCAUUGAGCGGGAGGAGAGGGAGAAGAUAGAGGGACAGAAGAAGAAGGAGGAGGGGAUGGAGGUAGAGGGGGUGAGGAAUGUUUUGUAG